ACAAUAUCCUUUAAAAGCAAAUCCCUGAAGAACCAAAGCAAGAGAUCCAAUAAAAACUGAUUGUGAAUCAAGAGGCCAAGUGCUGGAUAAGUGAUACCCUCGGAUACCUCGAUUUAAGUUAAGCCCCCUGAUUUGUCCCUACGGAACGCGGUGCAGCACCUGUUAUCCUGUUAGCCCGUUAUACUGUUUUCGUUUUUCUUCGCUGGCAACGUAGUCGGCCAUUGAGUUGGCCGAUACCAAACGACCUUCAAAACGUUUUGCGUCGAGGCAAUACGCACCAUGGGCUGCGCACAGUCUGCCGAGGAGCGAGCCGCAGCCGCCCGGAGUCGCCUCAUCGAGCGCAAUCUCAAGGAGGACGGCAUACAGGCGGCAAAGGACAUCAAGCUCCUGCUGUUGGGUGCCGGUGAAUCGGGCAAGAGCACAAUAGUCAAACAGAUGAAAAUCAUUCACGAGAGCGGCUUCACUGCGGAGGACUUUAAACAAUAUCGACCGGUUGUCUACAGCAACACAAUACAAUCAUUAGUUGCAAUACUGCGCGCGAUGCCAAACCUAAGUAUUCAGUACAGCAAUAACGAGCGGGAGAGCGAUGCCAAGAUGGUGUUCGACGUGUGCCAGCGAAUGCACGACACCGAGCCCUUCUCGGAGGAGCUGCUGGCCGCCAUGAAACGACUUUGGCAGGAUGCCGGUGUCCAGGAGUGCUUCUCGCGCAGCAACGAAUACCAACUGAACGAUUCCGCUAAAUAUUUCCUGGACGACUUGGAUCGGUUAGGCGCCAAGGACUACCAGCCAACUGAACAGGACAUCUUGCGCACUCGCGUCAAGACCACUGGCAUCGUGGAGGUGCACUUCUCCUUCAAAAAUCUCAACUUUAAAUUGUUCGACGUGGGCGGCCAGCGCUCGGAGCGUAAGAAGUGGAUACACUGCUUCGAGGAUGUCACAGCGAUCAUUUUCUGCGUGGCCAUGUCCGAGUACGACCAGGUCUUGCAUGAGGAUGAAACCACGAACCGCAUGCAAGAGUCGCUGAAGCUGUUCGAUUCAAUCUGUAACAAUAAGUGGUUCACGGAUACCUCGAUCAUUCUGUUCUUGAACAAGAAGGACUUGUUCGAGGAGAAGAUCCGCAAGAGUCCUCUGACAAUUUGCUUCCCCGAGUACACAGGCGGACAGGAGUACGGCGAGGCGGCUGCUUAUAUUCAGGCUCAAUUUGAAGCGAAAAACAAAUCAACCUCAAAAGAAAUCUACUGCCACAUGACGUGUGCCACAGAUACCAACAACAUUCAGUUUGUAUUCGAUGCUGUCACCGAUGUCAUCAUUGCAAACAAUCUGCGCGGCUGUGGACUGUACUAAGCUACUACUGGGACGGGAGUAUACACGCCGACGAUCCGCUUAAUCGGAGCGGAGCGGAGCGGGAUGGAUGGAUGGAUGGAUGGAAUAGGGGCGUUAGCAGGGAACACCGUAACGGUAUUAAAGAGCAGCGCGGGAGCACAACAACCCACCAGCAUUGAUCAAAACAAAACCAAACAAUUUAAGAGCAAAACGAUGAUAGAACCAACAAUCGCAACACAAAGGACACACAACACAGACUCUCACAGCACACACCAUACACCCACGAUGAUUAAGCAAAGCCCAAAGAACUUUUAUUUGUUUAACAAACGGCGAAUGGCGGACGGCAUGCGGCAUGCGGCCGGGAAUGCCCCAAAGUAACGACAUGUCGAAUAAGCCAGGCAGUACAUAACAUAUUACAUAUUAAAUAUUGAAGCAGAUACAAUGCUAACGAUGAUCAGGAUGAGAUUAACACGAAA